GGAAAGGGCGUUCUAGACCAUCUCUCCUCUCGCUCACCGUAGCUAGAGAAGGCCGCCGCUGGAGCCGAGCAAUACAAUUGAUUGGUUCAGGGAGUGCUCAGACCAUGCGCACUAAGCGGGCCUGGAACUGGAUUGGGGCUUGAGGUGGGGAGGACCCUCCCGGGGUUCUUAAAGGGCCAGCGCUAAGGAAGGAAGCUGCUGCAGCUACAAGAUGAGUGAAUCCCUAGUGGUUUGUGAUGUUGCUGAAGACCUUAUAGAGAAGCUGAGAAAAUUUCGUUUUCGUAAAGACACGAACAAUGCAGCCAUUAUCAUGAAGAUUGACAAAGAGAAACAGCUGGUGGUUCUGGAUGAAGAACACGAGGGCAUAUCUCCAGAUGAGCUAAAAGAUGAACUUCCAGAAAGACAACCUCGAUUCAUUGUCUAUAGCUACAAGUACCAGCAUGAUGAUGGGCGAGUCUCUUACCCACUCUGCUUUAUCUUCUCAAGUCCGGUUGGGUGUAAGCCUGAGCAACAGAUGAUGUAUGCUGGCAGCAAAAAUAAAUUAGUACAAACAGCAGAACUCACAAAGGUAUUUGAAAUCAGGAAUACAGAAGAUCUGACUGAGGAAUGGCUUCAGGAGAAGCUUGGCUACUUCCACUAAAAGAAGAAUUAAGUGUCCCUUCCAGUUUGAACUGGAACCAGACAUGACUCCUGCUUUCUAAACCUAACAAAAAUGCACUGUAUUUACAGUUGUUUUCCUGCAAUGUUUGUAUGUAUGUACAUAUAUAUGUAUAUAUUUGUCUGUGCAAAAUUUAUAUACAUGAGGGGAAGAAGUAUCUCCUGCUUAACCAAACUUUGCCCAGGAUUAUUCCUUUCCUUCUAAUUGUUUAAAAGGGAACAAUUUCCUUCCUGCAGGGAUUGUUUUUUUUCCAUUUUGCACUUACAUGACUAAUAUUUCUAUCUGGACUAAUCAGAACUGGUAAUUGUUUACAGCUCUGGGGCAGAAUCUCCAAAGGGACACAUUGUGCACUAGCUCUUGUUUGUAUCAAUGGACUGUGUACUCAGUCAAGUAGUCUGGAAACUUACAACAGAUUCCCCCCCCCCCCCUUGAGCUACAAGUGCAUCUUCUUUUAAUAGAAACUGGACAUUAAUAAUAACUGGACCUAAUAGUAUGUGAAAAUAAGACUGAAUUCAGUGGCAUGAAAACAUUUGAAUUGGGCCAACUUAUUUUAGGAUAGAUACUUUAGUAUGCUUCCUAACAUCUCCAGAUGGGGCUUUCCUUUUCUCUUAAAAGACCCCCAGUUAUUUCGAACCUUAUAUUUCCACUUUGGGUCAAAGGUUGAACACUAUUUUUGUGUAUGUAAAGGAUAGCAUUUUUACUAAUCAAAUAGAAAGUAGAUUUAAAGCAACCUCUAAGGGCUUGGUCACAUACCAUAGUGGACUUCCAUUCCAAAAGUCUUUAUAUGUAGAUCUAUUAAUAUAAAAGUCUUGUCUUUUCUGGACUUUUUAUGCAAGCACUUCUCAAUCUGUGUGCCUUUAAAAAAAAUCUAUCAACUGAUUGUAAGAAACUCUUACACUGCCAUUUUUUUUUUUAAAAAAAAAUUAAAUUUGAUACAGGUUAGCUUUGUCUAAAAGUAUCACCCUAGCAGCAUCUGAUAGCUUAAUCUCUCUUUCCAUUAACUUCAACUGUAGGUGCAUACACUCUGAUUUAUACUGCUAUGAUUUAAGGCAAAAUGCUCUGCCUGGCUAAAAAAAGAAAAUUAAAAGUCAACACAUAUUCUGAAGUUAAUCAGCAUCCAUCACAUCUCUGAAUUCUGUCUCUCAAUAGACAGGUCUGUGUGUGUAUGCCUGGAUUCUUACAAAUACAGCAGAGGAAAGAAGUAAUCUAUAGCGUGCAGAAUUUGACUUAACUACCUUGGUUUCCUUAUUGUACUUUAAAUAUAUGUAGCCAAUGCCAGAGAAAUAUCCAUUGCAAUGCAUGGGAGAGAUCAGCGUCUUGGUGUCAUGCUUAACAUCUUGUGCUUCUCCUUGAUUGGGCCUUCAUAAUAACAUAUACAGAUCAAAGAAUUCCAUCCUCUUUGAUCUGGAAUUACUUAGCUGCAAAACUUGAUUCUCCCUUAAAUGGAUGAUGUGGCCAAUAAAUUGGCAAUAUAGUCUUUAGAGACAGACAGGUGAGGCCUUUCCUGUUUAUUGUUGUUAUGGUUUACCUAGGAAUGAGAUUCCUAAGACUAGGAGUAGCCAAAUGUAAACUGAUGAAGGAGCAGAAAAAUACGUUGUUCCCCAAACUGAUAGUUAGUUGAUCAAACUCUACAUGGGUUUUCCUCGGCAUGAUGCACUAUAUGUGAAUUAAAACUGCAGCAUUCCAAAAUCUCAACAUAUGCUAGGUCAGAGGUGUCAAACUGGCGGCCUAUGGGCAGGAUGCACCAUACGCAGGCCAUACCCACCCCAGCUGCGCGAACGGAAAAAACGUGAAACGUGACAGCAAUGUGACGCCGCAAGUUUGACACCUGUGUCCUAGAUCAUCUAGUUGGGCAAAAUGUCAGAUUCUGUAUACCAAAUCUGAUACCAGUUGGCAUUAAUGGGAUUUUAACUCUGGUAAUAUGAUUUCUUGGAAGCAUUUUCUCCCGAAUACUUUCUAGUUUCCAAGAAUUUCUCAUUGCCAGAACACAGGAAGAAGUAGUAGCUUUUAUAUUUUAGUAGACCAAUUCUUGUUCACUUUAGAUAAACCAUGCAUUGAUUGGGUUAUGCCUUUUUGGAAGCUGAGUGUGUUGCAAGCUGUUUACUUGCAUAGAAUUGGGCUGGUCAUUUUAAAGAGGACAAUUAUUACUGAUAGGCAAAACUGCUAUGCUUAAAAUAACAUGUUGAGGCAGACCUUUAUUAAAUGUCAUAGAAAAAUAUUAGCUGUCUUUUUCUUUCUUGGCUGUCUUCUGUUUUAGUAGGAAAAUAUAAUCCAUUUUAUUAAAGAGCUGUUCUGAAGCUACUCUGAGCUCCUUGCAGGAGGCAUAUUUGCAUUCAUCGUAUAAAUAGUUAUUUCUAUACAAGACUUGGAACUGAGGUUCUAGUUUCUUGGGCGUUUGUGAAAGUGACUAGAUAU